GGGCUUCCCUCAGACCCGCAGUGCUGGGGCUCGGUGCUCUCCUGACCCAUCUCAUGUUAGUGUUUGCAGGUGCUGUGGAGGUGAGGCUGGCGGAUGGCGGCAGUCGCUGUGCUGGGAGAGUGGAGGUGAAACAACAGGGCAAGUGGGGGACUGUGUGUGGUGACUACUGGAGCAUGAAUGAUGCAGCAGUGGUUUGUAAGCAGCUGGAAUGUGGGUCUGCUGUUGGAGCUCCUCAUUACGGAUACUUUGGGCCAGGAUCCGGCCCCAUUUGGAUGGAUGAUGUUGGCUGUAAAGGCACCGAAUCUGCCCUGUCUGACUGCAGACACAGAGGAUGGGGUAAACAUAACUGCAAUCAUGCCCAGGAUGCUGGAGUGAUGUGCUCAGGAUUUGUCCGUCUGGUGGAAGGAAAGAGCCGCUGCUCAGGCCGUGUGCAGAUCCGUGACAGGGACCAGUGGAAAACUGUCUGUGAUUCCCAGUUUGGUGCCAAAGCUGCGGACGUGCUCUGCAGGGAGUUGCAGUGCGGCGCAGCCCUGCCUGUCCCUGGAGGAAGUCCCUUUGGAGAAGGGGCGGGUCCCACCUGGGAUGGAGAGCUGCAGUGUGUGGGGAAUGAAUCCCUCCUGGCCUCCUGCCCCAGGGGGUCCCGCAGGGACCAGCCCUGCUCCCCCGCAAACAGCGCUGCUGUCAGCUGCACACGGUUCCGCCUGGUGAACGGCAGCACAGUGUGUGCGGGGAGGGUGGAGGUGCAGGUGCUGGGGACCUGGGGGACCCUCUGUGCCUCCCGCUGGGAUCUCUGGGACGCCCACGUUCUCUGUCGUCAACUCAACUGCGGGUUUGCUGAGUCCAUUCCUGGGGGAGAGCAUUUUGGGAGAGAGACUGGCCCUGUCUGGAGAGACUCAUUCCACUGUGACGGGACUGAAGCCCACCUGCAGCAGUGCCCAGUGACCACCCUGGGGGCCUCACCGUGCUCCCGAGGGAACACUGCUGCUGUCAUUUGCUCAGGCUCGGCCGGCUUUGGAUCCCUGCGGCUGGUGGGCGGAGGGAGCCGGUGCGACAGACGAGUGGAGAUCUUCCAGGACGGGGCGUGGGGCAGAGUCCUGGAUGACCAGUGGGACGUGCAGGAGGCCAGCGUGGUGUGCCGGCAGCUGCGGUGUGGGGAGGCCGGGACAGCCUACAGCCCCCCAAAGGCUGAGCGAGGGACGGGCCCCGUGGGGCUGCGAGGGGUCCGGUGCGCAGGGCACGAGGCCAACCUGAGCCUCUGCAACACCUCCCUGCCUGAGAGCGCGCUGGCGGCAGGGGUUGCGGAGGACGUGGGAGUCGUUUGUGGGGGGAGCCGGAGGCUGCGGCUGGUGAACGGGGCCGGGCGCUGCGCGGGGAGAGUGGAGAUCUACUACCAGGGCGUCUGGGGGACGGUCUGCGACGAUGGCUGGGAUCCGUCUGAUGCCGCCGUCGUCUGCCACCAGCUGGGCUGCGGAGGGGCAGUGGAGGCAGCCGGCUCUGCUCGCUUCGGGGAAGGCUCCGGGCAGAUCUGGCUGUCUGGUGUGAACUGCUCCGGGGCCGAAGCUGCUCUCUGGGACUGCCCGGCUGGGCCCUGGGGGCAGCACGACUGCGGGCACAAAGAGGAUGCGGGAGUCAUCUGCUCAGAGUUCACGGCCCUGAGGCUGGAGAACAGCGACGGCUGCUCUGGGCUCCUGCAAGUUUUCUACAACGGGACAUGGGGGAGCGUUUGCUCCAACUCGAUGACUGCCGACACGGUGACGCUGGUGUGCAAGGAGCUGGGCUGUGGCGAUGGAGGAACCCUGGAAAGACGCCAGCCGCCUUAUAGGGAGUCUGGCCCUGCCUGGCUGGAUCGUGUGCAGUGUGGGGAGAGCACCAGCUCCUUCUGGCAGUGUCCCUCCACUCCCUGGAACCCACAGUCGUGCCAAGACCCGCGGGAGGAGACCAACAUCACCUGCAACGGGGGACGCCCAGAAAUGCCCCCGGCCCCGUUGGCCCCGUGCCCCAACUCCUCGAGCUGCACCGGCAGGGAGAAGAUUCGUGCCGUGGGCGGUGAGGACGGGUGCUCGGGCAGAGUGGAGGUCUGGCACCGUGGCUCCUGGGGGACGGUGUGUGACGACUCCUGGGACAUGCGGGACGCCGAGGUGGCGUGCAGGCAGCUGGGCUGUGGCCCUGCGGUGUCUGCCCUGCGUGAGGCUGCCUUUGGGAUGGGGACGGGCCCCAUCUGGCUGGAGCAGGUGGAGUGCCGCGGGACGGAGCCGUCCCUGCAGGACUGCUGUGCCCGGUCUGGGGACGGCGGUGCUUGCCGCCAUAAGGAAGAUGCUGCCGUGCGCUGCUCAGCGACACCCAGGAUGGCAACAUCCCCUCCCCAAGCAGUUGCCACCCGAGGCCGUCAGAGCAGCAGCGGGAGUGUCUCAGUGCCCGUCAUCAUCUGCAUCAUCCUGGGGGCCCUUCUCUGCCUGCUCCUGGCCCUCCUGGCUGGGCAAGUGCUGAGCGCCAGGGCUGGGCGCAGAGGCUCCAGGAGAGCUCAGGAGCCCUUCCUCGAGGCCGUGUAUGAGGAGAUUGGCUACAGCCCAGCUUUGGAGAAGCAGGCCAGGUUUGGUCACUCAGAUGUCCUUGUCCUGCCCAGAGAUCACCCAGCAGAUGGCUACGAUGACGCCCGAGAGGUUUCUGAUCUGGGGGAGGAUGCUGUGCCUGGGCAGGGAGAGUGGGAAAUGCCCAGGAUGCCGGAGGAGGGAGCAGGCCCCAGGGAUGCAGCCAGAGGUGAGAGGGAAAGACAGCGCUGGCUAAGUGCCGAGGUCCCUGGAGCUGAAGGAGACACCUCGUCCCUGUCCCCGGGGAGCAUGGGCUAUGAUGAUGCUGAAGAGGUGUCUGUGGCACAUCCCCAUGAGGACCCAGCGCCUGUGACACUGUAG